GAUGAGACUUAUUUUAUAUUAAAAAACGAAUUUUAGAGUUAAAUAAAAGUGUGUAAAAUGCGAAGCGAGGCACCACAGUUUAAAAGAUGUUGUUUCUGUGUUCCUUUAAGAAGAGGACUGAUUGGGUGGGGAUAUUGCAAGCUGGUCCUCAACGUGUUAACGUUCGCAUAUAUAAUACUGAUAUGCUCUCUGAUUCGGCGCCACAGUUUUUUUAGUUUUAGAGACUUCGCAAUCAUUAUUGUCAUUUUUGCGAUCGUGAUCACAGACACUUGUUUUAAUAUUGUCUUCGUCGUCGCCGGCCAUCGGAAAAGCGUCAAGUUGCUACGAGUAUCAUAUAUCUACAACAUGGUGUCUCUGGGUCUAGUGAUUCUGGCUCAUUGUUUCAAAAUCUACACAAACAUAUACUACAUCUAUUAUAUGACGCAGUAUAUGGGAUUCCACAUGUUCUUCAUAGUUGAUCUUAUGGUCAGUGCGGCUCUUGCGUUUGGUGUCAUUUUUGUACAAGUAUACAUGAUAUUACUGAUACGCAGCGAGAUGAUAAAAUUACAGAACCAGGCGUUAGAAAUUCAGUUCUCAAAUAAUUUAGCCGGCGAGCCGCAGUGCACGCUUCACAAUGCGUCAGAACAGUGCACGGAGAAGAAACAAGUAGUGCAGAACUGUUGCACGGAUAAGCAAGCCCUGCAGAACGGUGCGGAGGAGAAACAAGUUGUGCAGAAAUGUUGCACGGAUAAGAAUCAAUUUGGGGAAAACUGUUGCAUGGACGAAAAAUAAGUUGAUUAAGAAUGUUACAAUUAAUUAAAUACAGGCGACAUACCUGUUGAGCGUACCUCACUAAAACGUGUUAAAAUAAUAAUAAUAAGUUAACUGGUCUUGCAAUCAGGCUGCUUGUCAAUGCAUAUUUUUACCAGGUUUUUAAAUGUAAUUAAAGAACGCAUUAUUAAUAUAACCAAUUUAUAAUCAAAGCACAAGGCACAAAAGUUUAAAAGCUCAAGAAUAUAAAAUAAAUGCAGAUUAGGAUACAAAAUCAAUUAUGAAACUAAGAAAAAUAUUAGCAUUUAAGUAACUAAAUCAUCAUUAGUAUAUGUACUUACUAGUAAUUAUUGCAUAAGUUA